AACAAUGGCUCUCUUCACUUCCAUCUCCUCCUCCCCCUUCUCCGCAGCGGCGCCGAUCGGCCGCUACCCUCUCAACACCUUCAAGCGCUUCACUCAUCCCAUCAUUGUUUCUUCUCUGACCUCCCCAUCAUCCCCGGAAUCAAAAUCAGCAUCAGCUCCAAGUCAAACAGUAGCUUCCUCCACUGAAACUUCGGCAAAUGCUUAUCCUGCUUCCUCCAGACCCCCCGAACCGAGCUUCAACUACGCUUCUGCCAACGGUAGCCUGUUUUCUCGGUUUGCCAAGUCUGCCGAGUCUUCCAUUGAAAGGACAAUAUUUGACUUCCGAUUUUUGGCGCUACUGGCUGUUGGAGGUUCAUUGGCUGGUUCACUAUUGUGCUUCCUCAAUGGAUGUGUUUAUGUAGUAGAUGCCUAUAGAGUUUACUGGGGCAGUUGUGUCAAAGGGCAUCACACUGGACUAAUGGUUCUACGACUAGUUGAAGCAAUUGAUGUUUAUCUUGCUGGGACCGUCAUGUUGAUAUUUGGUAUGGGACUGUAUGGAUUAUUUAUCAGUAAUGUGCCUACUGAUGUGCCUUCUAGUGCUGAUCGUGCUUUGAAGGGAUCUUCUUUGUUUGGAAUGUUUGCUUUGAAGGAGAGGCCUAAGUGGAUGAAAAUUAGCUCACUUGAUGAAUUGAAGACGAAAGUGGGACAUGUUAUCGUCAUGAUUCUUCUGGUAAAGAUGUUUGAGAGGAGCAAAAUGGUGCAAAUAACCACUGGUUUGGAUCUACUGAGCUAUUCUGUUUGCAUUUUUCUAUCUUCUGCUUCUUUGUACAUCCUUCAUAAUCUACACAAAGAAGGAUAGUGUUUUCAGACAUCUAUAGUAAAUAUUGUAUAUAUGGCUCACCUUCACGAAAUAUAUACAUCUCCCAAAUGAAAUAUCCAUUUUGGAGUGUUCGUGAAGUAUCUUCGAUUCUUCAUAAUAAUGGCUAGUAUGAAAAUCAACCAAGAUCUGCUUAGGCAGGGUAGCUUCCUUAUGUUUAGAAGUUAUUAAAAGGGCGCUUGGAUUUGAUGGAUGAUGAAGGGUGAGGGGUAAAGCAUGAAGGGUGAAUGAGAAACUAAACAGUCAAACAGAAAUGGUAAAGGGUGAAGGGUGAAUGAGAAACUAUGGAUUUGUAGCUUCCUUCUCAUUUCACUUUCAGUAAUGUCAAAUAUUCCAUGAGGGGGAUCCAAAAUUUAAUAGAAAUCGACAACGCUACAACUUGUUCACUUGAUUUGA